AUGCGCACCCUUGCCCACCCGAACAGGCAGGUGCACCAAGCGGCUGCGCAGCCCUACCAGCCCUCCGAAGUCGAGAACAAGCACGAAGAGGAACUCGAUAAACAGACUGCUCUCACCAAGCGUCACGCCGAGGAGCACGCCGACGAGAAGCAAUCUCGCGUUCUUCUACUACAAGCCGCCGCAUUUCGUCACAAGCUCAGGGAUGUUGAGGCCAAACACGCCGCAGACCUCAAGGACGUGGAGAUCAAGCACACCACAGACCUCAAGGACAUGGAGACCAAGCACACCGCAGGCCUCAAAGCAGCUCUGGAGAAGCAGAGACGGGAGUUCGAGAUCAAACACGAGGAUCUUAAGCGCAAAAAUGAGGCUGACCUCGGAGAAGCACACAACAAGUCGAGCGAAGAGAUCGCGAAACAAAAGAGUGUUCAUCAGGCGAUCGUAAAACGACUCGGGGUCACUCUUCAAAGCGCUCUCGGCGGAGUUGCUGAGCGCAAGGGUAAAUGGUUUCGACCAGCUAAGAAAAAUGUCAACUCCGAGAUGGACGGCCUGGUCUUCACCAUUGGAACUAUGACAGAACUGUUGGAUCGUAUGAUGGCACUUCUGAUCGAGGUGAGCCAGGAGCUUGAAUUGGGCGAGGUCUAUCCCGGAGAAGAGUUCAUGCUCGCCCGAGUGCUCGGCUCCAUGAGGAGACGCAUCCUUGCCUCAGAGAAACUGAAAAUCAGUCUACACCAUCAGAUAGACCGACGAGUUCCUGAAAUCCUUGAAAGAGCGUUACCCUCAUCUACAAGCAUCGAGCUCAAGCUCGACCUAUUGUUCGACCGUGUCAACGCUGCUGUUCGCGAUCAGAAAAGUGCGGCGCAUGAUCAGCAAAAUGCGGCAGUUGCUGCUCUUGAGGGGGUCUUAGACGCCUACCUCCAAGAUGCAUGCACUAGUUUGGACCACCCCAAACUCUACGACGGCAGUACACAACAACGAGUCAAGACAUUUCUGGAGACAUUUGUCGCUCAGUAUCGCACCGACCAGGAUCCUUUGGGGUUUGCAUUGGGCGAAGACGGCGGCGACGGUGACGACAGCGUAGAACACAGAAAAGACGCAGUUGAGAAAAGCAUAAUGUCAGGAGGAAAGUAG